GAAAUAAGCCGGCCCGAGAUAAUUAUUAGAUUUAAUUGGCGUGAGUAGUGCUAUGUCCAGCUAAUGCAGCUAUGCCGUUGGUAAUUAUGUGUGGAUAUCCGAGUAGCGGCAAAAGUGAUCGAACUGUUCAGUUAGAGUCAUUUUUUCAAUCUUCCACCGAUAAAAAGUGUCUUGUGAUUGGCGAAAGCAGUGCUGGAAUAGACAAGAACGAUGUUUAUGCUGAUUCCAAGAAAGAAAAGGAAGCCAGAGGAAAGCUUAAAUCAGCAGCUCAAAGACUCCUUUCUAAAGAUGAUGUUAUUAUUUUAGACUCACUGAAUUACAUCAAAGGUUUUAGAUAUGAGCUGUAUUGUGCAGUUAAAUCAUCUCAAACUCCACAUUGUGUUAUUUUCUGUGAUACUCCUGUUAAUUUGGCAGAAACAUGGAAUUCAGGAAGGGAGGAACAUGACAGAUAUACAAAGGAAAUAUUUGAUGGUUUGGUGAUGAGAUUUGAAGCUCCAAUUUCCAAAAACAGAUGGGAUUCUCCUUUGUUUUCAGUUGGUCCAGAUGAUGACCUGCCAUGUCAGGAAAUAUAUGAUGCUCUGUUCCUCAGGAAAGCUCCUCCACCUAAUCUGUCAACAGUGUCUCAACCACUUUCAGCUACUAACUUUCUGUACGAGCUAGACAAGAGAACGCAAGAAGCAGUAACGACUCUUAUUAAUGCACAGAAGACCAGUAUACCAGGAGAUGACAUUUCAAUACCAGGAGCCAAGGACAAAGUUCAUCUUGCAAGAUCUAUCAACAAUGCUGAAUUACAGAGGAUAAGAAGGCAAUUUAUUACCUACACCAAGCUACAUCCUAUAGAAGAUAUCUCAAUGCUCGCAAACAUGUUUGUCCAGUAUAUUAAUAACAGUAUUAAAUGAUGAUGGUGCAUGUGGACUGAACUCUGAACUAAACUCAUAUUUGCAAUGUUUUCUUGAGCGAGAAAUGUAAUGGAUUCUUCAGUCUGCCUCUACGAGCUUCUCCCGUCUUCAUGUGCUAAUAAUCAGGAUAAUUGAUUCCUUCACAAAUAACUUUAUUUAGAAAUUUUUCUCGGCUUAAAGCCCUUUGCUAAUGGAGGGUAUUUGUAAUGAUUAAAUGCUCAGGGGAUCUUUAGAAUAGUUCUAAUACACCAAGGGCAUUUGGACUGUUUCAAAUGUAACCAGUUUGUAUACUUACUCUAAUGCCUGAGCAUUUUGAUGUGUAUUAUAUAAAAUGUGGAUACUUGAUAUAUCAUCCUCUCAUAACCAUGCCAAGUCAAGAGUCAUUAGUACCUGUCAGACAAAUUUUCUGAACUGUCACUUGAUGGUUCUUGGCCAAUUAUUUAAUUAGGAUCCAUCACUAUGUUAUAAUAUAUGUUUUGUUCCUUAUACUCAGAAUCUUUUAUACUAUUGGUCAAAAGCAAAUCAUGAUUCUUUAAUUGUAUCCUAAGAUGAUGAUAUGGCUCUCAAUCAGCAGUUCAAGUGUUACAAGUUCUAUUGACCACACAAGGCAAAGGUGCAAACCGUAACCAGGGAAACUGGCUUGUCCUUUUCAAAUAUGCAUUCAUAGCACUUGUUUGUACUAAUGAGAGUUUACUAAUGAGAGUUAAUUUCACUCAUUUGUAGUCUCUUGGAUUUUUGAAGACCAAUAGGUCAAGUUUUAUUUCUUCAACAAUUUCCCCUAAUACAAGUGGAGUUUCCUGAAUCAGUAUACAUGUAUAAAUAUGUUUUAAAAUAGAUGGGAAUAGAGAACAGCAGGAGAUGUAGCUUUAAUCAAGGUUCCCCAGACCUAUACUCCUUUUUGAAAAGCCAAAAAACUCUGAAGGGAAUUGAAUCCCGGCCCCUAGCUUUGAAAAGUGUAAGUAUAUAACAAUAUACAGUUUGUUCCAGAAAAAAACGAAACUGACAACUGUGAUUUAUUAUAAUUAACAAACAGAUAAAUGACCUAUCAUUGUAAAGCUUAUUCUCUUUCAUCUGGUAUAACUUGGAUGAUUCCUAAUUGACACAUUUGUGAGCAAUAACAAUUUAAAUAAAGGUUCCAAAAAAGUCGCAUGGCAGGCGGGUAUCUGAAUUUUAAGAAGAAUAUCACGUUUGAAAAGUUCAUUAUGCUCUUUGAUUUGAUACCUCAAUCACAGAUAAUGGUCAAGAAUUAACAAAGAUCUGUUUAUAUAAAAUAAGGCAUGAAUUCCUAUAAUUUUAUAAAAUGAAGAGGUUUUAUAGGCCAUAAGUCAGACUUACUCGACACUGUUUUGUUGACAAUCAUCUAUGUAACAAAAAAAUUGUUAACCGUUUGAUAGCUAGUGGAAAUCUGUGAAAAAUUAUGAAAACAAAAAUCCAUUUAUUUCAAAGAGAGGCACACUUUGUUACUUAUUGACCAUUUUCUUUGAUUUACGACUUUGAGGUAUCUAAUGAAAGAGCAGAUAUUGGACGUUUUAGACAUGUAAUUUUCUCUUUGAAACUCGAUACCGCCCACCAAGUGACUUUUUGAUAUGCUUUUAUCAAAUUGUUCUUACUAAUGCGUGAAUGAGGAAUCAUCUAAAUUAUACCACAUUAAAGCUUAUAAUGUUACUUGUAUCUAAAAUGUUAUAAUUUUUUUAUAAAUACAUGUAGUUUUAAAAUAUA